AUGGAUGCAGUGCCUUUCACUCCGAGCCAGGGAGUGCUCUCACCCACACCCAGCAACAUGGCUGCCCUGUGGUACCAGCAUCAGCAUGCCUACAUGACCGACUCCCCUAAUUACCACCGCUACCCAGGCACACCGGUCUACACUGUGCCAGUAGGAUCAGCUGCAUGGCCCUCGAGGCAGGUGAUACAGAGGUCUGUGAGCCUUGGAGGAGGGCCGCCGUGGCCGCCAGCAAUGCACUCUGCGCCGGCCUCGCCCGUCUAUGCCUUCGCGCACGGCCAUAUGGGCGGCACAUGGCAGCUGCAGCCAGUUCCCUGGCAUCACUCACCCCACCCGAUGACUCGCCCCGUUGGGGGCUAUGUGCCCCUGUCGCCCUCCCCCUGCCAGCAGAUGCCUUCUCAGGCUGGCCUGGCGAUGUUCCCGCCAGCUUUCCAGCCGCCGCCGCCCCCUGUGCAUGUGCCGGUGAUGGUCCGGCCUGCCACCUCACCUGCGCCCCUGGGCGCCAGCCAGCACUCGCCCCAGCAGUCGGACGCAGACUCCCAAUGGGACACCCUGCUGUCCUGGCAGGGUCCCCACUCUCCGGCAUCAAGGGAGGCAGCCGGCAACAGCCGCAUCAUGAACCUGGAAUUUGUGUCGGCUCUACACCACAACCACAGGGCCGUGGGGAGCGCCAUGCAGCAGCUCGAACAGAGCGGCCCAGAGCCACUGCAGACAGCGGUGACAGAGCUGCGGCACCUGAUGGAGUUUCACGGUGUUUUGCCAUUGCGAGGGGGCAGCAAGGGGGAUACCGAUGAUGCGAGUAGUGCCUCUAUGUCGCCGGAAUCAACUUCUGUAGCAACCAAGGGCGAGGAGGACAUUAAAGAGGGCAUUGAAGAGGGCGGUGGAUGA